GGCCAAUGAGGUGUGUCGUUAGUAAUACGCGUCGUAGUAUUAGUUGCAUCCGGGUGAGGACUUUGGGGUGAGUAGUUUUUUUUUCUUAGAAGCUGUCGGCUCUCAGUCUUCAGGAUGUACGGAUCGCUUCGGGUGUUGCUGCAGGUGCUCUGGGCCCAGCUGCUUUGUGGGUGGGUGCUCGGCUCCGAGCUAACUUUUGAGCUGCCAGACAACGCUAAACAGUGUUUCUACGAAGACAUCAUCAUGGGCACCAAAUGCACCCUGGAGUUCCAGGUGGUGACCGGUGGUCAUUACGAUGUGGACUGCCGUUUGGAGGACCCAGAUGGCACAACACUCUAUAAGGAGAUGAAGAAGCAAUAUGACAGCUUUACCUUCACAGCAGCCAAGAAUGGCACCUACAAAUUCUGCUUCAGCAAUGAGUUCUCCACCUUCACGCAUAAGACGGUUUACUUUGACUUCCAGGUUGGCGAUGACCCUCCACUCUUCCCCAACGAGAACAGAGUCACUGCUCUUACUCAGAUGGAGUCAGCCUGCGUGUCCAUCCAUGAGGCUCUGAAGUCGGUGAUUGACUAUCAGACACACUUUCGCCUCCGUGAGGCCCAGGGACGCAGUCGUGCCGAGGACCUCAAUACCCGCGUCGCUUUCUGGUCCAUCGGAGAAGCUAUUAUCCUCCUGGUGGUCAGCAUCAGCCAGGUGGUCCUGCUGAGAAGCUUCUUCUCUGACAAGAAGACCACGACAACACGUGUGGGCUCAUAACAGCCUCUGAGAUCUGACUCAUCACUUCCUUUGUCUGUUCUUGGGCUUGUGUGCAUGGAGUGCAUAGGAACAGCCGCACUGAUCUGUAAUUGAAUCAUAUCAAGCGGCCAGGUCGUACAAUCUGACUCGGCUACUUAAAUCAGUACAGCUGUUCUUACAACUUUAUGCAAAUUAGUCUUGAGGAGAAAAAAUAGUUGUGGGUUUUUGAGGAUUUAAAAAAAAACAGGAGGAAGACUUGAUAUGUGUUGCUUGUAACUAUCUGUAUUUGAAGCAGUUCAAGCACCGGCCAUAUAGCUAAAGAAAAACUUUAAGUCAUUUGAAUAUUUGAAAUGAUUUCUAAAUGUGUUCUUAUUUUAAAUGUGUCCUUUUCUAACCCCUGUCUUCAUGAUCUGUUCCACUUUUCAUCCCAAACUGCUCUGAAAUAAGCACCCGAGUGGACACUGGGACUAAAUGUAGUCAUAUUAUAAUGAUACUGCGGAUAUUUGUCUUUAUCUGCACUAGCUCUCAAAAGCCGCACUCUCAGUGCGAAGGUUGGAUUUGUUUAUGAAAAAUCUGUUGCAUUUUUUUCCUGUGUUACUAAAACUCACUUUAUUAAGUGAGAAAUGGUAGAUGUGUUUUUUGUUUUGAUCAACUUUGCCAUUUUAGAUAGUAGUUAGAAAGGAGUUUGCUGUGCUCUGCAGAGAGUAAGCAGUCCUUUAAUCCAAUAUUAGUUUGACACCCUUUGUUCACAAGGUGGUUGUUGGGUUGAAGGAUUGAAUUAAAAUGCAGAAGGUAUACCACGAGUGACUGCAAACCCUAUUCCUUAAAGAAAAUCUCGAUAAAUUAAAACUAAGUCUUUUCUUGUUUCAAUUUGCUCUCUUUUACGUUGGGGAAAUGUUGGUUGGUUUAAGUGUGAGGACAUCAAGGUAAAUUAUAACAUAUGGGAUGUAGGGUUUUUGGGGUUUUUUUUAUUACAUCUGUGUGAAUCUGUGGCAGACACAAAAGAAAUGACUCAUUCUUGUAUUUAAAAAUGCAUCGUUUUUUCUGUUAAGCGGCAAUGCCAGCUGUUAGAAGUGCACCAGUUCCUUAAAUCAUUGUCUUUCUUUGAGUCGACGCUGUCCAUUUGGUUUUGUACAACAAUAUUGUAACAUUUGUGUGGAUGGAAGAAUUGUUGCUUGAAUAGAAGAUAAUUCAAGUGAA